AUGCCGCUGAAGAAGCUUCGCAACUGGCGCUCGACGCGACAGACGAGAUCGAGGACCAAGAGGCAGAAAGAGGCCAUUCUGGAGAGCGCCAUGACCGCUCAAUCAACCGACGGGCAGACGGGCCAGUCCCUGCUGUCCAUAUUUCUCAACGAUUUUACAGAUUCUGAUAAUGAGGCCUCGGCUGAGGUAUGGGCUUGGGGAUUGCAGCGCAAUCCGGGAGUCAAGGGCAUUUACAUCGCAGAGCCUCGCUGGGUCAACCUGGGCUACUACAUGACAAGCAGUGACUUUGGGCGGUGUAUUGGACUCGUUAGCAGGCUGCAGCCUCCCCUGGAAGGUGGUGACCCCCCUUUGACGACGGUGCUCGCUGGUCGCUUGACUCAGGAGAUGAUCAAGAGCAGGCAGGUCGACGGCCGGCCGCUGAAUGACGAUGAGCGGGACUUGCUUAUGCGAUGUAUCAAGCCAAAGAACGGAAGUAGAGACGAUUCCAUCAAACACGCAGAGCUUGUCGCGUUGGAUUAUCUGACCACCAUGAGAGCACGGUGCAGUCAUUUUGAUACGUACAUUGAUGUGGCUUGUUUGGACAAGUUGGCGAGUCCUAUCAAUCUAAAGACACAUUAUCAUGAUGAGCUCGUGGCUCGCUCCGCCAAAGAGCUCGACGAUUUUCGUGCCAUCAUGCAAAUGCCCACUUCUGAGGGGCCAGAGGUUGAGGAGCGAAGGACAGAGCUUCGGGACUGGUACAGCAAAGCACUCAAGAGAAAGAGAGAGGAAUUCGGUGGCGAAACUCCGUUUAAAGACCUCAGCUACGACUACCUCUUCAGUGAAAUCCGGAAACAUGACAGAGUGAUCUUCUUCGGAGGAGCGUCACUAACAGUACUACAAGAGCUGCUCGAGAGGGAGCCCUCACUGGGCAAGAAAGUUCACUACUACCAACAGGGCGGAACGUUUAACUCCAAGCUCAAUAUACUCGGAAACCCAUACAACUUUGCGCUCAAUACUGUCGCGGCAGAGUACGUCUUUGACCAUCAAGACAAGCUUGGAAGGUUCACACUGAUCCCCACGGAUACUACCAAGAAGCUUGAGUGGACGGUGGAAGGCUUGGCCAAACUAUCUCCAGCAGUGGGUGUCCGGUCUCUUGCCUUCCAUGGAAGAUUUGACCCUUGGGAGAUGAUCUCAUCCAAGGAGCGCGAUGGUGCCUCUCACAGCACUCAAGAAUUCCUUGCCUGGCGCGCGGAAUGGGCUAGUGAUCCGCAAUACUCUUCUCCAAGCAGUAAGGGGUACAAGGCAGUCAUGGCAGAUCUUACCGCAUUUCUCGCCGCCUUCACCCGGGUCUUCAAUGAGUUCCAAACGAGACAAGGACAGUUGAAGCAGACUUCAAUCAGAGUUGCCAUGGAGCAAUCCAUCCCAGGCAGCAACCAGAUGGUCCUUCGAAAGGACGAGACAUCGAAGAUAGAGUGUUUGAUGUUCGAGAUUCUUAGAGGAGAGGACGCGGUGUUGGUGGAGGAUGCGUCGGGUCUCUUAGAAACCGCCUUGAACACUGUAUCGUCAUCUGAUUGA